UUGAUUUGAGUUUGACUAGUGUUUUUUGUUUUCUUUGAUCCAACAAAGUCGUCAAAUUCUUACAUGGGUCAAUAAGUCGUCAAAACUUUAAGUUGAGAAAUAUUCCGUUUAGCCAAACCCAACAGCUCGAAAAAAUUUCUAGUUAGCCAAACAUCAUAGCUUGAUUCAUUUACACCAGCUGCAACUUUUUCUUCAGUUCUAUGAAUGGCUAAUUUGAUUUGCAAUGUAGUUUGAUAGAAGAGUGAGGACAACAAGUGGUAAGUAUCUUGAUUGAACAUGGGAACUAUAACAUGUUGGCAAAGGAGUUGUCUAGCAACAAGACUUGGUUAUUAUGUUCUGAUUUUGCAAUUGUUUUCAUCAUAGCUUGAUAAAUGAUGUGAUUUGAAAGGAAAUAGAGUCAUAGAUCAUUUGAGUAUUGUUGGUCACCACUCACCGAGAGUAUCAUGAAUAAGUGGCUGACGAAGCCAUUCAUGACCAGUGUUUGUAAAAGCAAUGGAGAAAGAUAGGGGUUAUGGGAAGUAAGAUUACAAAAAAGUGAAAUGUAAUGUUAAAAGACAUCGAGGUUAUCCUUGAGAUAAAGUUGACUGAAAAAUGUUAAGUUAAACUUUGUGGCAAUGUUAAAAUUUAAAAAGAAAUAUGAAAAGGUGAAAAACCUAAAUUAGAGGAAAAAUUGAAUGACUAUGCAUGCUUGAAGUGACGUUUUUUUUAUUGUUAGAGAAAAUGUGAUGAUUUUUUGACACCAUUUACACUUAGUCAUAAAAUAUCAAAUCAUGAUUGAUGCCCUGUUAGAACAUGAUUACUUUUUAAUUAUUAAAGUUCAAGUUUCAAAACUUAAAAAGACCGACUAAAUAUAAAGUUGAGCAUAAUAUCUUAGUCAUCAUUAUAGAUAAGUCAGACACUUUAUCACAACUUUAAAAAUAAAUCCGAUCAUUUAUUUUUAAAUAUUCAUCUUGGAAACAUAUUUAUUUAACAUCUUCUAUUGCUCAACUUGGUGUUUUGCUCGACCCAAUUGAUUGCAUGAUCAGUGCUCGUCAUGCUAGCCAGUCAGGACAACCAAGCACAAGACUUCCUUCCUUCUAACCAAGUAGGUAAACAUGAAGCUAGGUUGUUGGAACUAUGGCCAAGUCAAGUUAAACAAAGGUAGCAGUCUCAAAUCUCAAUGCCACAUAAGUAAUAUGAUAGCAAAAGGUAUCUCACUGUCAUGGAUUUGCACUACAAUACCAUGUUCACCACCUGGCUUUUGAGCAGCACCACCAUACACUCAUUCGGAGAAUCAUUUGUUAUAAAUUUGAAAGAACAAUUUUUGUCAAAGAAACAUUUUAAAAUAAAACAAGUUUUAGAUCAAUUUUAAAUUUUUUAUUGUAUUUGAAAUAAAGGUUGGAAAGUGAACUCCAAAAGACAAACUAAUAAUCUUUCUUUCCCCAUUGAUAAUCUCUUCUCUGUUCACUUACCCACCGGAUUUUCCAAACCGUGGAAGCAGUUUCUCAAUUUUAAAAUUUCCCACCACCGGAUUCAAAACCAUAAAAUGUUCCCGCCGAGGAUACGAACCAAAUCACACGCCUCGCACUUCCUCUAACUCUUCUCUCUCCGCUCCUCCGUCGCGAAACAACCACCACCAGAAACCCCCGAAAAUGGAAAUGGGUUUGGUCUCUGUAGAUCGCUGGGUACAGGGAAGCCAGGCCUACUUCCUCACCCACCUCCACUCCGAUCACACCAAAGGCCUCUCCUCCUCCUGGUCCCACGGCCUCCUCUUCUGCUCCCCGACCACCGCCAAACUCCUCCCCUUCAAGUUCCCCGACUUUGACCUCUCCCUCCUCCGCAUCCUCCACGUCGGCACCACCCACACCCUCUCCCUCCGCUCCCCUUCCUCCUCCUCCACCACCACCGUCUUCGUCACCGCCAUCGACGCCUGCCACUGCCCCGGUUCCGUUAUGCUGCUGUUUCGCGGCGAGUUUGGUUGCGUGCUUCACACUGGUGAUUUUCGCUGGGAGGUUGGUUGCGAGAGAGCCAGGAUGGCUAAACAGGUGCUUCGUGCUGCUCUUGGUGGUGAAGAUGGGGUUGAUGUUCUUUACCUUGAUAAUACCUACGCUAAUCCUACCUAUGAUUUUCCCUCUCGCCAAGUCGCGGCGCGGAAGGUGAUUGAUUUAGUUAAGUCCCUUCCUGAUCAUGAUGUCAUUAUUGGGAUUAACAGUUUGGGGAAAGAAGAUCUCUUGGUUCAGAUUGCAAUGGAGCUUAACAUUAAGGUUUGUGUGUGGCCAGAGCGCUUGCGGACUAUGCGUAUACUUGGUCUCCCAGAUGUAUUCACAACCGACACGACUAUUACUAGAGUUAGAGCUGUUCCUCAAUGUAGCUUAAAGAUUGACACUUUAGAGACAAUGAAUCAAAGGCGCCCUACUAUAGGAAUUUUGCCAUCUGGUCUUCCUUGGGCAAAGAAAUACAUUCAGAAGGGUGAAUUUCUCUCUGGGUCCUUUUUGACAUCACGUUACAAGCGAGACAAAUGGAGCGAAAAUAGUAAGGACCAGAGUGACAAGCCAAUUGGAAACACAGGACCUCCUGAACAGAUUCAUCAGCAUAUGUAUGCAGUUCCCUACUCUGAACACUCUAAUUAUUUUGAGAUUGAGGAUUUUAUCAAGGUUGUCAAACCAACCAGCAUCAAGGGCAUUGUUUCUGCGUCCGAAUGCUAUAUUGAGCCCAUGCACUUCUUUGGUCGGCUUUGUCGUGUUAACCAACCAAAACAAGAUUUGCAUAACAGGUCUGAAGUGAAAGACAGUGGUAAAAGGGUAGGUACAGUAAGCCCUGAAACUUCACUUGGAGAUGAUGUUAAGUUGCAUAGAUACGGAAGUGGGACCUCGAGGAUUAAGCUUUUAGGCGUUCGUAAGAGGAGGUUGAGUGUAUUGAUAAGAAAGCGCCGCGGUGUGAAGAUUGUGGACAUUGACAGUCCUGAAAUUGUUGGAAAUUAAAUGCCGUAGGUGGUCAAGGAAGAUGUGUACGCAUAAAGUUCUGCACUGCUUUGAAGUGUUCAAGGUAUGAUCUACAUACUCCCAAACUCAGCUAAGCACUUGUUAUAGAUGUAUAUUGUAUGACUCUGUUAGUUGAAAGUUUAGUUGAUCGUCAACAUGCAAUUGGAUGAGUUUUUUAUACACCUUUUGGAUUCCAGUUUGCAUAUGGGAACACUAAAAUUUGCCUUGAGGCAGCUAAAUUGUAAGAAAACAGGAUGCUUUCUGUAGUGCUGCUUACAAAUUAAAAGUUUCAAUAGUUUUAUAGCUUUUA